ACAAACAUGUGGUGACAUGACAGAGCUGACAGGCUCCAUUCACUGCAGGAACACAUGAUGUUCAGUUCAGAGCUCAAACUAGUUUCACUGUUCAGGAAGUGAGAGUCAGACAGGCGUUGUCACUGAGAGGUGAAAUGGCGCAGAAAGGAGUUGAGCUGGACCGAGAAACCAUCUCUUGUUCCAUCUGUCUGGAUCUACUGAAGGAUCCGGUGACUAUUCCCUGUGGACACAGCUACUGCAUCAACUGUAUUAAAACCCACUGGGAUGGAGAGGAUGGGAAGAAAAUCUACAGCUGCCCUCAGUGUAGGCAGAGCUUCACACCGAGGCCUGUCCUGGUGAAAAACACCAUGUUAGCAGUUUUAGUGGAGGAACUGAAGAAGACUGGACUCCAAGCUGCUCCUGCUGAUCACUGCUAUGCUGGAGCUGAAGAUGUGGCCUGUGAUGUCUGCACUGGGAGAAAACUGAAAGCCCUCAAGUCCUGUUUGGUGUGUGUGGCCUCUUUCUGUGAGAAACACCUUCAAUUUCAUUAUGACUCAGCUCCGUUCAGGAAACACAAGCUGGUGGAGCCCUCCAAGAAGCUGCAGGAGAACAUCUGCUCUCGUCAUGAUGAGGUGAUGAAGCUGUUCUGUCGCACUGAUCAGCAGUGUAUCUGUUAUCUCUGCUCGAUGGAUGAACAUAAAGGCCACGACACAGUGUCAGCUGCAGCAGAAAGGACUGAGAGGCAGAGAGAGCUGGAGGUGAGUCGACAAAACAUCCAGCAGGGAAUCCAGGACAGAGAGAAAGAUGUGAAGCUGCUCCAACAGGAGGUGGAGGCUAUCAGUCGCUCUGCUGAUAAAGCCGUGGAGGACAGUGAGAAGAUCUUCACUGAGCUGAUCCGUCUCAUGGAGGAAAGACGCUCUGAUGUGGAGCAGCAGAUCAGAUCGCAGCAGGAAACUGAAGUGAGUCGAGUCAAAGAGCUUCAGGAGAAGCUGGAGCAGGAGAUCACUGAGCUGAAGAGGGAAGAUGCUGAGCUGGAGGAGCUCUCACACACAGAGGAUCACAACCAGUUUCUACACAACUACCCCUCACUGUCAGCACUCAGUGAAUCCACACACUCAUCCAGCUUCAACAUCCGUCCUCUGAGCUACUUUGAGGACGUGACAGCAGCUGUGUCAGAAGUCAGAGAUAAACUACAGGACGUUCUGAUGGAGACAUGGACAAACAUCUCACGGACAUUGACUGACGUGGAUGUUUUACUGACAGAUUCAAAACCACAGCCCAAGACCAGAGCUGAGUUCUUAAAAUAUUCACGUGAAAUCACACUGGAUCCAAACACAGCACACAAACUGGUGGUUUUAUCUGAGGGGAACAGAAAAGCAACAUUCGUUACAAAAUACCAGUCUUAUCCCAGUCACCCAAACAGAUUCACUUCAUGUCGUCAUGUCCUGAGUAGAGAGAGUCUGACUGGACGUUGUUACUGGGAGGUGGAGUGGAGCGGGAGAGACGCUUAUAUAUCAGUCGCAUACAAGUCUAUCAGCAGGUCAGAAGGAUGCCAUUAUGGACGAAAUGACAAAUCUUGGGCAUUAAAUGUUUACAAAAGCCAUUACCCCAGAGUAGGAGUGUAUCUGGAUCACAGAGCAGGUAUUCUGUCCUUCUACAGUGUCUCUGAAACCAUGACUCUCCUCCACAGAGUCCAGACCACAUUCACUCAGCCUCUCUAUGCUGGAUUUUGUCUUCUUCUCUCAUCUGCUGAGUUCUGUAAACUUACAUAGGCAGAAGUCAUUUAAUGGUCACAAAGUGGGGGGCUGCAUUUCACUGGUCUACCACUGGGUCCAUUCAAUCUAAAUGUACAGUCAUCAAUUAUUAGAAACAGAAAUAAGGAACUAACUAACAGCAGAGCAACAAUAUGGAGCCGAAACUGUGAGUGCAGGUCAAAAUAACACUGUUACUUAAUCUUCAUGUGUGGCAUCAGUGUGUAAAUAGGGUCCAUACUGCCUUAGAGUUUGCAUGUAGUAUUUUCUUGGCUCUCUCCAAAGCGUUUGAUGCUGUCAACCAUGACGUAUUACUUGAGAUGGUUCUAUCCUCAAAUGACUCAAUAAUUAUGUUUAUUAUAGACAGCAAUGUCAAUGUUUGAGGUCUGAGAGAGCUGUGAUACAGUGUGGGGUACCACAAGGGUCUGUUUUAGGACCCCUUUUGUUUCUCAUCUCUCAAUUAGAAGCCUGGUCUGGUUGCCAAGCAAGUUUUUUAGAAGGUCUUUGGAUGUAUAAAAGUGAAUUAUUGGCUACACAUUAACGCUUUAGACUGCAUAUACAGAUAUAAAUGUUUAAUUUUUUGUCAGUAUGGAGAUGCUACACAUUGUUAGCUUGGUUGAUUUCAUUUUGACUCCCUACAUUACCUCUGAAGCUGUCAUAAAGUCAGAAUAUGUGUUUAUAUUUUUUACACAAGUAAUAUUGGUACUGGUUUAGAUAGACAAUUUGGUUGUAUUUCCCGAUCUUUGCUGAGCAACAGUUUCAUGUGAAAGGAAUUAAAGGCCUGUCCCAAAUGUAAAAAAAAAAAAAAAAAAAAAAAAAAAUGUAAAAGUUUUACGGUACAUACUCAUGGUGAAGAAAUUUCUUAAGUUACAUCAACAAGAUUUCUUGGAAUCAAGAAACUCACUUCCUUUUGUUGCCUAAACCUAACCACUUCCUUUUGUUUGUCCGUUUAUUUUAAAAGAGACUGUAUGUAAAAAGGACGUGUAUUUUGAAAGAAGAGAACUUGACACAGUGUCCCAGAACAUCAACAACCAACACACCCAGAGUACCUUGCACGUCAUAUGUGACCGUGGAAAGUCCAUGACCAAACGUCAAUAAGUGACGAGGUCGGAGUGCGAAUGUGUUGCCAAGUCAUGUGCUGCAGCCUCUCCUCUUUUCUUAGAAUAUAAUGUAUUGACUAUUUCUGAUAUUAACAUUCUUCAAACAUGUACUUUUAUUUUCAAAAUGAAGUAUAUGAAAGUUAAUUUUUAUCAUACCAGACAAACCGAUAACCUUUAUCUACCAAUCAAGAGGGCAGUAUUCAUCGAAAUACGAUGAAGUCCAACUAAGGAACAUGAACUUGAGCUUUUUAACUGGCUCUGUCUUUGUCCCAGUACAAAAAGAGACUUAAAACUGAUUUGAUGACAAAAACAUUUGAUACUGUAUUAAUCAUCACUGUGUUAUGUGGCUGCUGUGUUUCUGCAUAGUCCUGAUUUAUUUGAUGUUCUGUUUAUUUCUCCUCAGUAUGUGUUCACUGUGUGGAAGAUAUGUGUAUUUUAUUCUUCCCUUUAGGCGAGGCACCAAGAAAAGCCCUUUCUUGGUUUCCCUCAUCUGCACAUGUAAACUGUUUUGUUUUUGUUUUACUUUUUCUCUGUUAUUUUACAUCUAAAUGUGCAAAUAAACUUGUAGUUUGUUUUACAG